AUGCAAUUUCUCAAAAAAUUACCCGUGAGCUUAAUGAAGCGCACCAAUUGCCGCUCACACACCGCUAACAUCGAAGUACAAGGACACGUAUAUGAAAAAGAAGAAAUCGCACCUAAAUACGUCAAAUUGUUGCCACCAUCUCGAUAUGGUGGCGAAUAUUUAGUCACAUUACUCACCGGCUCCUCAAUAAUCGGUAAUCAGGGCGCAAAUUUCAUUCGCCAUCUGUUCGAGGUAGCCAAAGUGCCAGUGGUUUUCGAGAAAAUUACCAUAGGUCCCGAUGACACUGCCUAUCCCAAGGAGUACAUGCAAUCAGUGCGACGCAAUCGUCAUGCAAUUCAUGUCGAUCUGCAGCACGAUCCCGACCAGAAACACAAACAACUGCUGCUCAAUAUUGACCUGGAUCUAUAUGUGGGUAUAAUACAUGUAAAUUCAAUUGAAGGCUAUAGAUGCAGACAUCCCAACGUGGAUAUAACGGUAAUAAUGGAGAACAAUGCUGGCAACUUUUCGAAAUUAGAAUAUGCCCCGGUGCCUGGUAUGGUGGAAACAUUGAAGAUAAUGCAGAAAAAAUACAUAGAACGCUACUUUAAUUUCGUUUAUCAUUAUGCCAUAGAAAAUAACCACAAAAAGGUCACUUUCGGCCACCAAGAGGAUGAGUUUCCGCUCGGCGAUGGAAUGUAUAACAGAGUUGCUUUGACAAUGUACGAACAACUCAAGCCAAAGUUUGAAUUACAGCUAAAACCGAUACAAGAAUUGGUGCGUGAUAUAGUAAUGAAACCAAAUGACUUCGACAUCAUUUGUACCACUGAUCGAUAUGGUACUUUCGUCGCAUCGAUUGCCAGUGCAGUUUGCGGGGGUGCCAGUUUAUUUAGCGCAACUGAGCGUGGCGAUCAUCAUGCCGUGUUUAAGCCGCUGCAAACGCGUCUAUCCGUCACCGAUGCAAUGACUCUCAGUCCAUAUGGAAUAGUGCGUUCUUGCGUUGAUUUGUUGCAUUAUCUGGGCGAGUCGGAUUGUGCCAAUGUUCUUUACAACGAAUUGAUGCAGACAAUGACCUGCCGCGAUAUAAAAACGAGAGAAUUUGGUGGUACUGAUUCGGGAGAAUAUGUUAUAUGUGAUAUUGUCAAUCGUUUGAAGUGUCGAACAUAUUGA